AUGGAUCCACGAUUAGGCGACCAAUACGACGAAGGAAUUGAUCCGUCUUCAUGUGAGUACACUCUCGAAAGCGGACUUCCCAUCAAGAUCGUCGGCGAAGACCCUAGUGGCACUGGGAUGCAAAAGUCAGGGAGCAGCAUGGAGCAAUGGGCGGGAGUUAGCCCGCCGGGUAAAGGGCAGGUAGCGGCUGCAAGUGAGGCGGAAGCCAGCCUUCGUAGACUUCAGACAGGCCCGACCAGCCCGACCACCGACCGACGAAGCCGCAAUGGACAUAGACGAAAUUUCACUCCAACCGGCCUGCAAACGCAAGUCAUCUCAGAGCGGGGAGAAUCUGACACUUCAGAUAUGGCAGCGCCUUUAAACCUACCGGCGGUCACUCCCCUGCAGGACUCCGCCAUUCCUCUCGCCCAAGGGAGCAGCGGCUUGGCGGCGACCCCUGAUACACGGAUAGCUCACGCUGCGCCUCAGAUCACGGUAACUGCAGACACAGAAGUCACCUCAGAAACCAGAAAAGUGGACAUAACGGAAGUUCAUAGUAUCUCAGCCCGAGAUGAUGGCGCUAUAGGCGAGUACGCAUACUCCGAAUCAGUUCUUUUGAGACAAUCAGCCAUCUCUUCAUCUGGUACAUUCUCCCCUUCUGGAGAUUCAGGGGGUAAACACUGGGAAACGCAUAAGGUUGAUGCUGCGACGACCGAGAAGAUACGAUACACGGAGGCGCAUCCCGUGGCUCCUUCGUCCGGCCCAGACCAUCGAAGGUCUCCUGCUGUCUGUAAACCUAGCCCCGUUUCAGAACGGCGUCACCAGACAUCUGGACUCGGCAUGGGGUGCUCAAGAAGUUCAUCGCGAUUAUUAUCCGACACUGCACAUGCCGCACUCUUCGGGUGUUCGAUGGAAGACAAUCAUAAUGCCAUGAAGCAUAGCAUCAGCAUGCCUAGUAACUUUGGAAAGCACGCUGGCUCCGAACCCUUGUUACCCCCUGCUCAGAUCAACCGCAAGACUCCUAAAGCUGGUGGCACUGGGAUCGAAAACGAGAAGAGAUAUAAACAGCACCUGAAUGUUUUGGAAAAUCUCCACAAGAAAGCGACUGAGAAAGAAGGAGAAGCGAGAGAAGCGUACAUCUCUACAACUUAUGAGUUUCACAGUGCAGAAGCAAGUUUCCUCGAAGCGGAAAGGAAGUUGAAGUUACAAAAGACUAGGAUGGAAGGUAGUCUGAAGAUAUUGUAUACGUGCUGCGAAAAUGUCGAUACCAUCAGCAGUGCACUGUCACAAUGGAGAUCGAAGAGGUAG